AUGUUAGAUUNCAGAGAAUCUGAAAUAAAUAACUCUAUCAAGAGAUUAACCGAUAUAUAUAUUUUAAAGAAAGCAGAGUUAAUAACUAUUUGUGAAAAUUUAAAAUUAGAUUAUACUGGGAAAGUAGAUGAAUUAAGAUCUAGAUUAACUAGAUACUAUAAGGGUAUUAUUAAUAUAGAGGAUAUUGAUAAUAAAUUAAGUCUAGAAGAAAAACAGUUAAUUCUAAAAGAAUCUUCUAAUAAAAAAAUUGAUCUUAAGAAAAUAGAACGGGAUUUAGGAUUGAAUAACUCUAGUUCAGAUUCUGAACCUAGUAAUACAGAGAGGCUUUCAAACACAUUAUUAAAUGAAUGUAAUGUAUUGUGUGAUAAAUUAAAUGUUAGCACUGAUCAUAUUGUAGAAAAGGUGGAAAAUUUUUUAGAUACUAGUGAAAAUUUAUACAGUAAUAAUUUUUUUGAUAACGGUCUUUAUACUAACUCUUUUUUUACAGAGGUAGCUAAAAAUAAAAAAAUUGUAACUUUUUCUGAUGAUAAUGAUUAUGAAGAAAUAAAUUUAUCACAAAAUAGUUUUAAUUCUCCGAAUUUUCAAGUAAAUAACGAAUAUAUUGAAACAAGUUCGAAUUUUAAUUCUAAUACUGAAUCAAAAAACGACUUUGUAAAAAUAACUGAUAACAAAAACAUAAAUACUAAUAACUGUAAAAUAAAUUUAAUUGAAAAUACGGAGGAGAGUAUAAUGAAUAAAAAUAUGACAAACACAGUAAAAACUUUAAUGAUUAAACCUGAAUGUUUUGACGGAAGUGAUGAUGUAUGCCAAUUUUUUAAACAAUACGACAAGGCAGGAGAAGUCAAUGGUUGGACUGAUGAUGACAAGGUAAAAUUUUUAUCUAUUUUUCUUAAAGGUACAGCUAGUAUUUUUCUUGAAAAUUUAGAGGAAAAAUUCGCCUCAUGGAAAUGGGCAGAUUUAAAACAAGAAUUUAUUGAGGAAUUUCAACCAAUAGGGUAUGUGACAUUAUUAAAAAAUAAACUUGAAAAUAGGCGACAAAAUGACUUAGAGUCGGUAAUGAGUUUUGUAACGGAAGUAGAAAAUCUGUGUAGAAAGGUAGAUAAAAACAUGUCUGAAGAUCAAAUCUGUACCUACAUUUUAAGGGGUCUUAAAGAAUCUGUUUUACACGCUAUUUCUUUACACGAUAAUUCUGAUUUAAAAAAAUUAAAAGAUAAUUUAAAAAAAUUCGAACUUAUGCAAUUCAGAAUAAAUAACAGAGGACCAUCUUUUAGUGAUUAUACUGACAUUUUAAAUCAACAGGUGACCCAAUUAGAUAAAUACUCUAAAGCUAGAGAUGAGGAGAUUAAAGAUUUAAAAAGACAAUUAGAGGAAAGAGAUUUAUCUUACAGACGUGAGAUAAAAGAAUUAAGUGAGCAGAUAAAAAACGUACAAGUAUUAGAAAGAAAACCUUACAGAAAUAAUAAUUUUAAUGACUAUAGAGAGAAGAGUCCGCACCCAAGAAGGCGAUAUAGUAGUAGAAAUAAUAGUAGAGACAAAAAUUAUUAUGAUAACAGGAGAAAUAGGUCUUAUUCUAGAGAUCGGGAUUCUAACGUGAAUAAUUCUAGAUCUAGAGAAAACAGUUAUGAUAGACGAUUUAGUAAUAGUCAUGGUCAAGAUAUAGAGCGCAGUCGGGAGAGUGAGCGAAAUAGUAGAGGUAGAUAUUCAAGAUCUAUUACGCCUAGUAGUUAUAAUAGAUCAAGCAACGAAGCAAGAGACAACCUUGACAUUGUGUGUUUUAACUGUGGUAAGAGAGGUCAUAAGUCUAACAUUUGUACUAAUCCAAAAAACGUGAGUUUCACGAGUUAGAUAAUGAAUUCGGAUAUCUAACUCGGGAAAAUAAAUACGGUGAAAAUAUUUUUUCCGAAAAAGAAAAAGAUAAAUUUGAUUUAAUAAAUUUUGUGAGACAGUGGUACAUUGGUUCUGAAAAUGAAAUAAAAAAUAAGCAAAUUGAAAAUUUAGAAAAAGAAUAUUUAAAUAAAUUAAUGAUUAAAGAAAGAGGUGAAAGAGUUUUAUCAAUCGAAGUAGAACUAUAUAAUAAAAAAAGGUUUGGAAUUAUUGACACAGGUUCUAAUAUCACGUGUAUUGAUUAUUCCUUAACAAAUAAAAAUGAUAUUUUUAAUAAUAAAGAUAAUGUGAUUAUAACAGGUGCGGAUAGCUCAGAAUUAGAACAAUUAGGUAUAAAAUGAAUAAAAUAAGGUUUGUAAUCAUUGACUUUGAAUUUGGUAUGUAUAACAAAUUUGAUUUAGUAUUAAUCUCUGGUGCCAUUGGCGGUAGCCGGGAUCUAGAAUUAAUUUUGCAUUUGGAAGGAACGCCAUUAAUAUUAGGAAAUAACAUUACUAAGUUAUUAGACAAUCAGAUAGAACCACUCAAAGAGAGGAUGAAAUGGAUCUUUAGGAAAAAAAAAAAAAAUUAAUUCCACUUUUUGCAGAAUUAAGAAUCAGUACGGCAAAAAACAAUGCACAAAAUUUAAAUUAUAAUUCUAUUAAUACUUUUAUUAAAUAGA